AUGGCGCCUCAAAAACAUGUCGCGGAUGUCCCGCGCAAUAUCCUUCCCCGCCUGACUUGGAACAGCUCUUCUUCACGUCCUUCCGUUACCGUCACCCACCAUCCCGCGCUUGCAACAAGUCAAAGACGACCACUUCCCCAAGCCUGGAGUCCCGUAAAGCGACGGUUCAGUUCACUAUCCCCACCCUCCCAGUCUUCCCAGCUCAUCUCCACAUCAUCCCGGGAUGCUAUCUCCGGAUAUCUCGUUUCCCGAGGAACCUCUAUAAUCACACCGGCAACGUCGAACACAACCCCCCCGCGGAAAUCCGAUCCGACACAAUGGCGUCUAUUCCGGCCCCGCGAUCACCACUUUGAUACCCUGAAAUUCGUGAAGCGCCUACAAGCGGAGGGCUUCAGCGAGGAGCAGUCCGUAGCAAUGAUGCGGGUAUUGAACGAUAUCAUUCAAGAGUCAAUCCAGAAUCUGACCAGGACAAUGGUCCUCCGAGAAGACUCGGAGAGAUCAACCUAUACACAAAAAGUGGACUUUGCGAAAUUGCGCUCCGAACUACUUAAUGCGGACUCGACUGAGGCACAGUUGACCCGUUCAUCACACGAGAAGAUCGCAGCAGACCUCGCCAAACUCAACUCACGACUUCGGGAUGAGAUUGGACGAACACAAGCCUCGGUCCGGUUGGAUUUGAACCUUGAGAAGGGUCGGAUACGCGAGGAGGCCAAUAGCCAAGAAAUGCGUAUCAAGGAGACUGAAACGCGAAUUGAGCAGGAGGUUGCUGGAUUACGGGAACGAGUGGAGGCUGUCAAGUUCUCGACGUUGCAGUGGCUUAUGGGUGUCUGUACCGGUACCGCGGCUCUUAUUCUUGGUGCCUGGCGCUUGUUCAUGUAA